AUGGCAUCCCCAUCAUGGAGACAGCGCCUUCGACAUAACAAGAAACUCAUCCUCCUCGUAGCCGCCAUCAUGGUCGUAGCCACACUCGCACUCGCGCUGGGCCUCGGUCUCGGCCUGGGCCUUCCGCAUAGAGUGUGGGCGUCGAAAUCCGCACCCUCAAACGCAAACACAAACACAAACGCCACCACUGGCGACAUCAUCCAGCCCGCGGUCGGUACAACGUGGGACUACCCCCUGGGCUUCGACCUGACCACCUCGUCCGCGGCCCCAGCCUCCUCGACCAAGUUCUACAGCACCGACCUGGAGAACACGUCAAACUCGACCACCGCCGCGCUCCAGGCCGCCGGCCACACCAUAGCGUGCUACUUCUCGGCCGGCAGCACCGAGUCUUACCGCACCGACACCGUCAGCCUGCCCUCCUCGGCCAUCGGCAACGCGCUGGACGGCUGGCCGGACGAGCACUGGCUCGACGUGCGAACAUCACCCGUGCGCGACCUCAUGGUCUCGCGCAUCAUCGCCGCCGCCGACAAGGGCUGCGCCGGCGUCGACGCCGACAACAUCGACGCCUACGACAACGACUCGGGCUUCGACCUGACGCAGGACGAUGCCGUGGCCUACGUGCAGUUCCUGGCCGCUGCCGCGCACGCUGCGGGCCUGGCGUUCGGGCUCAAGAACGGGGGCGAUAUCGUCGGGCAAGUCGUCGACGUCGCGCAGUGGGUUAUUGUUGAGCAGUGUGUCGAGUACGACGAGUGUGGGCUCUAUGCGCCGUUUGUGGACGCCGGCAAGCCGGUCUUCCAUGUCGAGUAUACCCAGGUUGAGGACACGGACGAGGUUGGGGAUGGGUUGAUGGAGAGCGAUUGUGGCGCGGGCGGGCAGGAGGGCUUCUCGAGUAUUAUUAAGCAUGAGAGUCUGGAUGAUUGGGUUGUGAGAUGUUGA